AUGAGUCAAGAUGCCACGUCAUUUUUCCGUGGCAUCUCUGCUAAGAUUAGUGCCGCGAAGCAGUCAUAUAAUAGUAAGAUGCGACGGGUAAAAGAAGAGGAAGAGGAGGAACCACAACAACCCAUUUCAUCACCUCUGCCAUCAUCCACAACGAUGAAGGCUGUGGCAACAUCAAGUUCAACAGCCACACGCUGUUAUAUGUCCUCAUCCGGUGCGGUAGGGAUGAAUGGUGUUUUAGGUGCUGGCAGCAGUAGUAGUAGUAGUCUUUCUCUGCAGAGUGAACAGAUAAAUGGUACGUUAAUGACACAGGUGCGACAGACGAGUGUGCCAGUGUAUCGAGAUCCCAUGACAGUGCCAGAGGAUAACGUUAGAUAUGUUAAUAGUAGGGAUGAUGAUAGUGGUGGUGAGCAGAAUAAUGCUUCUGGCGGCAAGUUUGGCAAUAACACUACCGAUAAUAAUAAUAAUAAUAAUAAUAAUAAUAAUAAUAAUAAUAAUAAUAAGAAUAGUACUGGAAAUACAACGAAACCCAAGGUUCAGCUAAAUGCUCUUAUAGAAAGAACGAGAAAGAUUCAAGGGUUACCAAAGAACACAUCACCUAUCGUUGCCAAGAAUCACGCUACGUUACUUGCACCACAGAUGCCAAGAUACCGUGGUAAAAAGACCUUAAUAUUAGACUUGGAUGAGACCCUCGUGCACAGUUCACUCUCUUGUCAACCCAAACACUAUGAUCUGGUCCUUAAUGUAAAGGUGGAGACAAAUAAUACAACUGUGUACGUUGCAUUCCGUCCGCAUUUACACGAAUUCAUGCGGGCUGUAGCCCCACUCUUUGAAGUGGUCAUCUUUACCGCAUCUGUAUCUAUUUACUGUAACCCGCUUAUGGAUGCGGUGGACCCGGAUGGUAUGUUAGGUGUACUUCGUCUCUAUCGUGAGCACUGCAGUAUGUUGAAUGGGGCCUACGUGAAGGACCUCUCACUCCUUGGACGAGACUUGGAUCAAGUGGCUAUUAUUGACAACAGCCCCGUUGCGUAUUUAUUCCAGCAGCGAAAUGCCGUUCCGAUUACAUCAUGGUUUGAUGAUGCUGAUGAUGAUGAGUUGCGGCGACUCAUUCCAAUGCUGGAGAGUCUUGCGCAGGCGCCUAAUGUGUAUUAUGUGUUGGAUCAAUACAAUGCGGUCCUUCAACUGCAACAGGAGCAGGUACGUCCAUAG